AUGGGCAAAGCAGAGAACGAGCGACUCAAUCAAGCUCUAACUACGUACCUCAACACCAUCCAUGAAACCUUACAGGUGUUGGAUCAAACACCAGGUUCUUCUUUGGACAAAGUUACCUGGAAUGAGGUUGUGAAAAUGGGCGACAAAGUCUACUGGCAAGCUACCGUUGUUGGGAUGCUUUGGACAGGGGAAAAGCCUGAAGCUAAAGCAGUCCAGGAGAACAUGGCGACUUUUUUCAAUACCUUACAAGGGUUCCUUCUACUGUCUCAUGGAAGCAGAGUCGGGGCAGGGCCUACUCUUUCUUCCAGCAUAUAUGCAUCAGUAAAGCAAGUUGUUGAUUCCAGUUUUAGGUUGAUGAUGGAAACCGUUACUUCUUAUGGAUCUUGUACCAAAGACCUGAAGCUCUUAGUUCCACAGCUGGUUGGUGCUGUAUGGGAAGCCUGUUCUGCAUUGAAGAAGACACCUUCAACUAAUAUCACAGCUAUUGGACGGGCUUUGACACAAGUUGCUGUGUCAAUGAAGGAUGUUCUUCGUGAGAUGAAAGAACUGAAGCCCGAAUCAGGCAAUCUCACUGUCACUGAAGAUGCUGAAGCAGAAGGCGGGACCCAAGAAGAGGAAGACGAUGGUAGCUUAAGUGAUGGCGGCAAUCUAGGGAAUGACUUGUCACCUGAAGAGAUGAAAAUUGCUGAAUCUGCAACAGGAGUCGUGUCCAAUGCACUUGUUUUCAUAAAGGAACUAGUCCGGACCAUCACUGGCUUGAUCAAACUGGAAAAGCCUGAUGAUAGUGGCAACUUUGUGGAUGCUUUGGAGAAGCUGUUGACGCUUUGUCAAGGGAUGGGAGAGCAGAUUGAUGAAUUGGGAGCCUGUCUUUACCCUCCCCAGGAGCUUCCUGUAAUGAAAACCGCUUUGGAUAAGAUAUCGAAGCAGGUUGAUGAAGGUCGGAAGGAAGUGGAAACUUUGAACUGCUCUGCUGAGGCAUUCUUCCAGGGCUGUAAUAGUUUGAAGAUAUCGAUUAGAUUAAUGGAGACAGAACUUGAUUCCUCGAUGACUGCUGUUAUAGAAGCCAAAAUGCAGAGUAUCAGUGUAGACAAUUAA